AUGAAAUCUACUACGGCUUCAAUCUUCCUUGCAUUAUUACUCCCUGCCGUAAUGGCAACUACUCAUACCUUGUGUUAUAACUACUUCUUGAAUAAAGACGGGUGCGUCUUCUCUGCGGCAGCAUCUGAUCAAAGAUGUCCUGCUCCAGUUAAAGAGCACAGUACUCCAGUCCAAGCGUUUGACAUGACUUCCGGUUCCAACAUGCACAAGCGCAGCGAGAAUCGUCGUUUGGAGCGGCGAUAUGACACCACUAGACCUAGCUUUGCGGUCGCUGGUGGCGAAGGUAUCUGUGGCUUUUAUAACUCUACCACCGACCCCGGUGUGUGCCUCUGGAGCGGCCCAGAGCAAAAUUCACCGACCGUGGAAACCGCUGGAUGGCUCAACGGCGACCGGCCGGUACCGACCAAGGAGAGACUACACUAUCCGGUGACCGGUACCUUCCAUAGGGAUUGUACACUGGUAAGGGUCACUUCUCUGGUGAUCUCUAACCGGUAUCGGUCCUCAAGAGUAUUGACUCUCGUGUGA